AUGGCUUGCUUUUCUCUACGCGAAGAUUCACUGGAUAGUCGCCCGUUGAGGAUGCUCAUCACGGCCACGGGCACGCGGCAUUCGUCUUGGGCUCAACCGCUCGUGGUGCGGCUUUCCAAAGACCGUCGUAUAGAGAUGAGAGCGGUGGUUGAUGAUCCAUCACCAAGGUUAAAUCAGCUCAUUAUUACCAUCCAAAAUUCGCCCAUAGCCCAGGAACAAGCCGGCCCAGAAGAUGUAUCUUCUAGGCGAACUGGGCUAAACAUACACGACCUGGUCGAAUGGGCCGAUCUCUUAGUUUGUGUGCCGCUGGAUGUCAAAAAAAUUGAAGCUCUGUUAGCCGGCGAAGGUGACACUUUUCUUGAUGACCUCCUGAGGAGCUGGAAUGAGGGUCAGAAAGGUUGUAUCAUGGUUCCUGGAAUGGACGACAACGCAUGGUUAAAUCCUCUAGUCCAGCAGCAAUUGGGCGAAGUUCAGAGAAAGUGGCCCUGUAUCCGUGUGAUGCAGCCUAUACUAUGGCACUACGAAGAUGCAGCGCAUCCGCAGCAAGCAACGAACUGGAGUGGAUUCAGAGACUUGCUAGAUCUUAUCCAAAAUCAGGCCGAUCUAUUAAAUCUCGGUCGGGAUGGGGAGGCCACUACGGGGGUCAUUGCCAUAUCCGACGAUGAUGCGCGAGCAUCGCCAGGGCUACCAUUCGAGUUAUGGAGCAAAGUGUUAAGUUUCACGGGUGAUUGGGAGCUGGCUGCUGCACUGGGUAUCAGCACCAGUCUGCCCGUACCAACAGAAUGGAAUACCCGAGCCGAAGAUUUGAGUGAUCCUUUACUCAUCUACUCACAUGAGCUCGAGCGGACGGUCCUCACAUGCAACACGGCUGCUAUUUGUCGAAAGUUAUCACAGGCACCAGCAGAUUUUCAGAUUUUACCAGUUCUGGUUGUGAAACUCGUCACACGAUUCGCGUUAGUUGAAGUGCUCACUUUCCUCGAGAGCCACCAUCCUCAGCUGUUCAAAGCAUUUGAUGGGGCUUUUCUUCCAACUAAAGCGUCUGCAUAUUAUCCUCAGGUCAAAGUCUUAGACUAUUGGAAGAAUAGUCCUCAUUUUCAAAGUCGGCAUGUUUACGAUACCGAGGCGAUAGAUGGCGCAUCAAAGAAUGGCCACGUGCAUAUACUACAGUGGUGGAAGCAAUCGGAGUUACCGUUAUUAUAUACCAAGGUCUCACUUGAACAAGCGAGCGGCAAUGGCCUCAUUUCGGUCCUUGAAUGGUGGCGCGAUGCUGCCGCCUUAGACCACAACAUUGUCUUGAAGCCUGGCAGGUCGCUGUUAUGGGCUGCGACGAAAGGCCAGCCAGAUGUGCUGCGAUGGUGGCAUGCUUCUGGUAUUCAAAUGGGAUACAGUGGUGGCGUGGCUUUUACAGCUAGUCGGUGGGGACAUGUCCAUGUCUUGGAGACCUGGCGAAAGCUGCAAGGCGAUGACAAUGUCGUAUUUGAUGCCGAGGAAGUCAUAUUCAUCGCAACAGCUCGCCAGCACGUGGAAGCCCUCGAGUGGUGGCGCCAGUUUGCCCGGGGUAUGCUCGAUGGCAUGAAUGGGCGAGGAGUCAAAGUCAAGUUUCGAACGCGAAGAAUCCAAGAGGCUGUUGAAUCUGCUCCCAAGGCUCAAGAAUGGUGGUUUCGUUAUAGACUAAGUAUUGGGAAGGAUCAGGAUUGGUGGCCUCUUUUCUUGCGUUUCUGA